AUGGGGAGAGUCCUUUGGGCUUGUGUAGCAGUGAUUCUACUGGGAGACCGAGUGAUUUCUAGAGAACCUGAGAGAAGAGGCAAUGUAAGUAUACAGAUUAUCAACUUCAAUCUUGAAAGGACUCUUGUUAAGUGGAAUGUCAGUGAAUACUUGGCUGAAAAGAAUUUAACUUUCCUUUAUGGAUUGGACAAUGCUUCACCUUCACAAGAGUGUCCUCACUACACUAUUUAUCAAGGUUAUACUUCUGGAUGUGUUUUUAAGGCUGAAAAUAAAGGACUGACUUUUUUACUCAAGAGAGAAGAUAAAGUUCUUGAACGAAGGGUUGUGAGGCUUAGGCAUUAUUUAAAACCCAAUUCUCCAACCAAUGUGAGCUUCACAUGGAGAGAAGACUCAGUUAUAAUAACAUGUUCUGAUUUGCCCUAUCAUGGUCUCACCUAUGAAAUUCAACACAAAAGCAUCUUUGAUCAAAAAUGGCAGUCCAACACGAAUGAAAUAUGUAAUGUUACAAUAGGCAGCUUGGAUUUUGAAAAGUGUUAUUUCUUCCGGGCCAGAGUCGUAGCAAAAAUGGCUAUGUAUGGCAGUAGGACGUAUCCUAGUGAUUGGUCCCCUGUAACACACUGGAAGAGGAGCAAAUUGAAAGAUUCAUGCACCGAGGCAGUUGAAAAAACUUCCCCAAAAUAUAUCUACAUAAUUACCAGUCUGGUUAUCUUCCUAAUGGUAUUGCUUCUCCUUUUAUUUUUGAGUAAAGCUCAGAGAGUUAAGAAAUUAUUCAUGCCCGUUGUACCUGAUCCCAAAUAUUCUUUUCCUGGUCUAUUUGAUUGUCAUAAGGGGAACUUUCAGGAGUGGAUCCAGGAUACUGAAAACGUCACCAGCUCAAUUAAAGUAGAACAUUUGGAGCAGGAGUGUGUUGUUGAGGAGGGGCUUAUAGAGGAACUUGCCAAGAAAGAGGCCAAGGACAAGGAUGGAAAAGCCUUCCAGGAACAUCUACAAUCAAAUGAAGACAAUCUGAGCUCUAAUCAAGUCUCUUGUGUCCCACCUCAAGGCAAUGAUUCUGUGUGCCUGGGUGAUCUGAAAUUUGUUAUGAAUGAUAGCAUGUAUGUUGUAUUAUGA